AAGAGUCCGAAGUGCAUCUUGAUCUUCUGCCCCUUGAAAAGCCGGUUUUUUACACCAAGAGGACGAUCUUCGAACUUUCGAGCUCGAAACAAAAAGAUAGUGCGUACCAGUUGGUCUCACUGCGUCAACGAGCGCCUGACGCCGUUUGUUUCACACCAGGCAGGAGAACCAACAGGAUUACACAGCCAAGGAGUCGCAGUAGUAUGCAAGACGAAUUUUCCCUCAGUCCAAACUUUUCUAAAUGGAUUAUCCAUAUUGUAGCUUGAUAAAACACAUGAAAAACAAAGCAAACGUGUGACGUCUAUACCAUCGUGCAUGCAAGACUGCGUGACAAGUUUGGAAUGCUGAAAAUUUCUCAUGCAUAUCGCCCAUCCAACACAAACACAAUGCCGAUUUCCUCCAAGACGUCGUCUGCCGGGUGCUCCACCCGCGCUCCAUAGGAUAGGUGAAAGCCGUUUUUUGGAAAUCAAGGAUUUGUCAUGCAAAAGGGCUUCUACUGUCAAGUGAUGAGCCAGUGAAGCUAGCAAUAUAUGCAUCACAAACAUGUUUAUCGUAAUUGUUUGUAGCAAGGAGCAUCAUUAGAGUGUCCGCAUGACAAAUCAGUUCGAAAAAGCCCUACCUUUUCACCUUGAUGCAGCGACGAAAGAAGUGGUCACCAUCGGGGCACCGCUAUGGGACGCAAAUAUGUCUGGGUGUGGAAACUUGUGAUGCUGGACUGUGGAUGAUGAAAAGAAAACACCAGCAGCCAAGCAUGACAAGAACUUGUGAUGCAGCCAAGCAUGACAAGUUUGUAAGGCGCUUUUCCAUGCAUAGUUCGCAUGCAGAACUACGUUUUUGUAUGUACAAAAAAGAGCACAACUUUCGCUGGUCAUGCGUAUAAGUACUACGAUACAUUUUGGUUGCAUAGGAAUAUCUAGAAGACCAGCAUUACAACUUCCAACGUUCGCAUGUUUCUAGACGCCAGACACCAUAUUUGCAGUGCAUAACCGCAAACCAAGUACAAGAUGGAGUACGAUGCCUUUUACUACCGGAAGCCCCUGUAUGACAUCAGUGCACAACUCCCCCUCAUCCUCAUUUGUACAGCAUGAGCGGCAACACAAGCAUCACUAAUAAGAUUUUGCAUGACAAGUUUGCACUGGACUUUAGUGGUAUUUGGGCUACCAGAACUUGUCAUGCAAACAGUGCCAAGAGGAAAGGAGUGGAUUGAGUAUUUUCCAUGACAAAUGAGGGAAGGGGGGUUUGUGCACUGUCAUACCCUGAUGCUCGGAAACGCGACGCACUGGUAUAUUACAAAUUUUGGUUUGAUAGUGGCUCUUGAUUCUGCAUGACAAAAGAAAUUUUCGAGGUGGUUUCUGCAUGACAAACUUUCAUCUAUCUUUUGACUUUUUGUCUUGCUAAUGGACCUUGGAUUUGAGAAAGGAAAUUGAUUGACUUUCGGCACCGAGAAAAAAACAACAACAGGACCGUCGUGGAUCAGAAACCGGAUCCUUUCUUAUGAAAGUGGUGCACGAAAAAUGGAACAAAUUUCUUUCUCCUUCCUGAUUUGCCAUGCUAAAUUGUGCCUCUUACGCCAACCUAAUCAAACGCUUUGUAACGCCUGCCUUAGGCGCAGGUGCUGCUACUUGACAAGCAGUACAGGAGCAACUUUUCAUGCGGAAUCGUCCAGGAGUGUCGUUUUGUCAUGUAUUUCAAAAAGAGGGAGGGGUAUAAGAAUACGUAAGUUGUGCAUGGUCAUAUUCCCUGAGCACCUUCUACACGAUGUUGCACGACAUGGAGCAGACGACUUUGGUAUCCGAUGACAUAAUUACUUCUUACUUCUACAACUACCUCUGCUGUUAAAAGUUUGUCAUGCAGCUUUGUCAUGCGCAUAGCGUAUCAAUGAAUCUGCCCUUCUACUGCAUCCUGGUGUGGCGCACAACAAGUUUUGAAAAUUACGUUUCAUCCGUUUGUAGCGUAACACACGUCCAUCCUGACGAUGAAAUUGUGGUAGAAGUAUUUGAAGCACUGCAUACCGAAAAAUCCGGCACAACAACCUGCAACGGAUGAAGCAGGAGGUAUAGGUCGUAUAAAAUGAUGUGCUUCGCAGAUGGGUUUUCGUUUCUAAGCAUGACAGAUAAAGAGCCACUUCAUUCCAAUUUCGCGCAUGACAAACGCAAUUACUCACAAAACCGAGGUACAGCAGGACACCGAGCACAUGGAAGAGCAGACUGCGGGUAUCACAAAAAAUAAGUUUCCCUCCCGGUAUCGAGAUUUGUCUUGCAUCUGGUGCAUGCGUUUGUGUGCUGCGAGGACCAUUUCAAAGCUUGUUUUGCAUGACAGCUUCAACUUCUUGUAAGUCUGAGUACGCAUGUGCAUUAGCAUUACUUUCCCCCCCUCCCCGAUCAGUUUGUCUCCGCAGCAGCCGCAGCAGGGCAAACAUCGUCAUUUCGGAAAUGGUGCUGGGAGUGAGUUUGUUUUACACAAACAUAAACUCGUGAAUGGAAGGGCGGAAUAACGGAAGUUAGGUUGUACACAGAUGACGAGAAGACCAUUUGUAUACUGUAGUGCUUCCACGAAAUGAACGCUGGAGUGAUAGGACGUGGUGUACCUACAACCUCAUAUACGCUGAAGACUAGCUUCGAAGAAAUCUUACAAUCAAAGAAAAUCAAAGCUUCUCUCAUUUCGGCCGCUGCUGCGGACUACCAGAAUGUAGAUGUACCUUAAUUCACAGUUGAUUACAAGUGUAGACUCAACCGCAAAAAAAAAUCCUCAACACCUAUAGUUUUACCAGUGUACACCAAUUAUUUUUGUUUGUAAAAUUGCUCCUGAAACAAGUGAUAAAAAUACAUUUAUUCAUCUUAAUUAUUCAUUCAAAAUACCAAUUGCACCGUAGACAAAAAAUCAUGACUUUAGACUUACUCCACCAAAAUUAACUUCUGACAAAAUUAAACGUAAACAGAAAAGCCAGAUGAGAAGAUUCGCGAAAGGUUUGUUUCCAAGAAGAUGAAUAUCCGUCGAAGCUGCUUCGCAAGUCGCCGUGACCUCCUUUUGCACGAAUGAUUUCGGAUCUGAAAUUGGUUUGACCAAGUAGAUCGCAUUGAAUAGCGAGAAUAAAAAUAGCUGCGGAUACGCAUUCUCUAUAGGAAU